UGGCUGCUGGAUUGACAAGAGACUGUUGGGGGCCAGGGUGGAAGCUGGGAGACACAGAGAAGGCAACUGCACUGAUCUAGCCCCACCCCCGGCACCUGACAUGAGCCCUUUCGGGCACCUCAACCUGAGCCUGGUGGGCGAGGCGACCACGUGUACAGCACCCGGGGCCUCCAACGCGUCCGCCGGACCGCUGUCGGACCUGGCGGGCGCGUCGCCCGCGCUGCCCAUCUUCUCCAUGACGCUGGGCGCCGUGUCCAACGUGCUGGCGCUGGCACUGCUGGCGCAGGCCGCGGGCCGUCUGCGGCGCCGCCGCUCGGCAGCCACCUUCCUGCUGUUCGUCGCCAGCCUGCUGGCCACCGACCUGGCGGGCCACGUGAUCCCGGGUGCGCUGGUGCUGCGCCUGUACGCGGCGGGGCGCCCACCGGCCGGCGGCGCCUGCCACUUCCUGGGCGGAUGCAUGGUCUUUUUCGGCCUGUGCCCGCUGUUGCUGGGCUGCGGCAUGGCCGUGGAGCGCUGCGUGGGCGUCACGCGGCCGCUGCUGCACGCAGCCGGCGUCUCGGUGGCCCGCGCGCGGUGGGCUUUGGCCGCGCUGGCCGCCGUGGCCUUGACCGUGGCGCUGCUGCCAUUGGCGCGUGUGGGCCGCUACGAGCUGCAGUACCCGGGUACGUGGUGCUUCAUCGGUCUGGGCCCGGCGGGAGGCUGGCGCCAGUCGUUGCUCGCCGGCCUUUUCGCCGGCCUCGGCUUGGCCUCGCUGCUCGCCGCGCUCGUGUGCAACACGCUCAGCGGCCUUGCCCUGCUGCGCGCCCGCUGGCGCCGCCGCUCUCGACGGCACUUCCCGGCUGGAGGCCCCGACAGCCGCCGUCACUGGGGAAGGCGCGGACCCCGCCCGGCCUCCGCCUCGUCCGCCUCGUCCGCCUCGUCCGUCGCUUCGGCCUCCGCCGCCCCCGGCGGCUCCCUGGGCCGUGGCUCGGCGCGGCAAGCCCGUGCCCACGAUGUGGAGAUGGUGGGCCAGCUCGUAGGCAUCAUGGUGGUGUCGUGCAUCUGCUGGAGCCCCCUGCUGGUGUUGGUGGUGCUGGCCAUCGCGGGCUGGGGCUCCAGCUCCCUGCAACAGCCACUGUUUUUGGCCGUGCGCCUCGCCUCGUGGAACCAGAUUCUGGACCCCUGGGUGUACAUCUUGCUGCGCCGGGCUAUGCUUCGCCAACUGCUUCGCCUCCUGCCUUCAAGGGCAGAUACCAAGGGCAGCCCCAGGGAGCUGGGCCUAAUGAGGAGCGCUUGGGAGGCCAACUCGCUGCGCAGCUCCCGGCACAGUGGCCUCAGUCACUUCUAGGCGCUCCCGGCGGCUAAGCCAGACCACCCGGGGCCGGCCUCUGGUCCGCAGCUCGGAGACUUCGGGGAAUAAAACUUUUUUGCGGACAAGCCCAGGGCGGUGCGUCCCGUCGGGGCUGCAGCACCCUCGCGGCCGCGCGGGGGCGGCAGAAGUGCUGUGUACGCCUCCGGGGUGUGCAGCUCCGGGACUAGCCACGCGGGGGCGCAGAGACGCAGAGCCGGAGUCGCACGAGCAUGCGCACA